CUACCUUAACAUCAGUUCACACAAAACAGACAAAGGUUAUGCCUGCUUUACUGUUGUGAAAACUUUUAAGUUUUAACAAUUAAAUACUUAAUUUUAAAAGUUUCCACUGGAAUGAAUUAAACAUAAACACUAAAAAUGAGUGUCCAGCCAUCAAUGACGGUGAAAAGCACCACCCACGGCGCAUUAAUCGACGAUCUUCGACUGUUCAUCACAGCAACCACAACAAAAACAAAAAUAACAACUGUUGAACUCACAAAAUCAUGUUUAUUCCUCUUAAAACACCUACCAGCAAGUCGAUCAGCCUCUUUACACUGCUUAAAAUCAGUGUUUGACUCUGUUGCAUUAAAUCACAUCAUCCACCUUGAGAAGGAAAUGAGUACAGGAAAGUCUUCUCCUCCAAAUGAGUAUGACGAACUAAUGAUAAAUGACAUCUACAGUCUACUCAUCAGUUUUGUAUCAUCAAAUGGAGAAGCAUGGGCUCCAAUAAUCAGCACAUGGUCUCUUGAAUUAUUAGGUGAAAUAUCCACCCAUUAUGCAGGCAGAGCAUGUGUUAAUGGACUGAAUGAGUCGCUUCAAUUAUGGAUGAACUGCAGAGCCACCAAAACAUUGAUUGAUAUCACCACACAAUGUCUUGCAUGUUUAAUGCACACGAAUACCGAGGCGUGCAUUAGUGCAUUGCUUGAUACGUCCGUAAAACACUCACCGCAUUUCGAUUGGGUGGUGGCUCAUGUUGGCAGCUGUUUCCCACAGACAGUAAUUGAACGUGUACUGUUUUGUGGGCUGAAGGAUUACUGUGAGAAUAAAUCAUAUCGACAAGGAAUUGAGUCGCCGAAGUUAAAAUCGGUUGUUGGUAUUGUCGGGCAUCUUGCAACAAGUCAUCCGGGGAAUAUACAAAAUGCUUUGCUGGAUUUAUUUAAGUCUUGUCUUAAUGAAGACAAACAAGAUUCAUCUCCACAGAAUGAAAUUUAUCGGAAAGCAACUGUUCCCUUCCUCAUACAACUUUUUGUAUUGUCAGAUACAAUGUUAAACGCGAUUAGUGACCAAAUAAAAGAAAACCUGACUGUGCACACUAUAACGAAACUAUACAACAUGACAAACGACUGGUUCAAGUUCUUCGGUUCGAUUGACGCACUCCAAGAAACAAUGGUGGCUCUCAUUAUGAAGUGCUCAAAGGGCGGCGAGCACAUCAUCGAGUUACUGCUCAAGUGCAUCGCGCUGAACAAGAAGGGCAAGGGGAGGAAGUACGAAGACAUUAGCAAUUGGACGCGCGAAUUGUUAGAGUGCGUAUUGGAGGAAGUCGACUAUAAAGUGCGCUUCCACAGCUCGAAUCACAUGAUGCCUGCGGCUUUCCUCAACUCAUUGAUCUACGACAUUGAUUACAUUUACCUGCUUCUUCUACAUGAUGAUGCCCUUACUGCUCAAACCGCUGCGCGAUUAAUUAUCUACAUCGGUGUUGUUAAUCCGCCGCUUUUGAUUCAGGCGCUGUCGUUUUUAUUGCAAAAUGCUAAACAACCAUCGCAUUUGGCGUAUUUUGUGAGGAUAUUGAACAAUGAGUUGAUUUGUAAGAAUCAAUCACCGUAUGCUGAGAAAGGAGGACCUUUCUCGAUUGUAUUACAACAUAUUCUUGAUAAGGAUUUUGUGAGGAUGAAAGGAUGCACUACUGAUUCAGAGUAUGAGAAGUUUGAGCAGAUGUGGAGUAAUAUUUUACUACUUUUAAAGUGGGAGAAAACUAACAACAUAUUUAUGUUAAAAUCAAAAUGCAUCUCAAAAGGAAUUGAAUUCAAUUUAACUGAACUGACUGGUAUAUUUAGAAACAAAGUAUUAAGCGCUAAAUGCACUGAUAUGUUGUGUGAGGUUUUGGAUUUGUUGGACAUACCCAAUGCAAAUAGUUCUCAAAUGUCUGUACAAGUCACUCUUAACUAUGUACAUGGAGCUGUUAAUUAUUUCUUUCAAUGUUGCAAUGAAACCGAUUUAAUGAAAAGAAUAAGCGGUUUUAAACAAUCAAGGAGUAUCUUGAAGAAACUCUGUAUAUCUUCCAAAGUGGCAAGAAACUUAGCACUACGUCAAUUAUUAGAACGCGCGCUGUUUUCAAAAGAUGCUGUGUUAUUCGGCGCUAAACCAAAACAAGAAGAAGAACCAGCAGAAAGCAACAAAGAUCUAAUCACGGAAAACAAGAAAAUCAGCAAAACUAUUCCACUCUCAAAACAUUCUUCCGUAUACAAUGGCGGUGUAAUCGGGCACGGGAAACGGAAAUCAAUCAGUUUGUAUCGUCUGCCCGUGGAUCUGGUCGCUGGCAACUCGGAAGAAUUAAUUACAGCCAUUAAAGAGUCGUGCGUUCGCCCUUCCGACUCGGACGCAAGUUUGACGCUGAUAUCGUUAACGCUUGUACAACUCGUCAGUCCGGACGUGAUGUACAACGGGUUGCCGUGGUUAGAGGAGGAGUUUAGUAAAGUAACAAUAGAACGUGACCUCCUCAUCCGGCGACUGUUUAACAGUGUACCGUUGUUGUGGGAUUUGCUCAAUCUAGUCGCACAGCACCGCCCAUCACUAUGCUAUUGCUCAGUUCUCUUACGGGCGUUGACAGCUACGCUUAUUCACCAAUGGACGAGUAUGGGCGAUCAGCGCAAGUCAACUGAUACAGAAAAUUACAAAGAUCUAAUGGGUACAACAAUUGCUGUGUUGGACGUAAUGGCACUUGGACAGUUACUGCCAGCUCCUCUCUGUAACGUCCGUGAUGUCAUCACACAGUUAAAUUCCCAUGAGAUUGUUUCAAUUCUCCGAGAAUGUAUUUGGUGCUACAUGCGAGAUAAUGUUCCUUCACCAGCGUUGUUCGAGAAAGAUCCAAAUGGUUUAAGCUGGCGAGACCCGAAACGAACUCGCCCUGACGAUGUGUAUACGAAAACACUGCGAACGAUUAUGCAGCGCAACAUCAAAACAGUCGGCCAUUUAUAUUCGCGAAUGUUUAUUACAGCUAAUAAUUAAUUCUUUGAAAAAUAUACAAACUUACAGUUAAACAACAA